AUGGCACUCGCUGCUGUGUCCCCUUCGGUCUUCCGCUGCCAAUGCCAGCAGCUGGUCGACCUAGCCCGGACCGUGCAGGCGGCGAUUCAGGGCCUGGCUCUGGUUCUAGCGGCAAAGGAAGUGGCCGGACAUGCAGGCCUGCAGAAGCAGGAGCAGCGCCUGGCACUGAUAGCCACAGAGCUACAGGGCUUCGCGCGGAGCGAGUUCCGGCAAGGCGAGCGCAGGCCGGCUUCGGCCAUGCAACCGGUCCACGUGUCGCUCCGGGACCUUUGCUCAAGCAGCGAAGACGCCCAUGCGCAGCUCCAAGAACUUCAGGGUCAACUUGCUGAAGCCCAGCAGGACCUGAAGGAUCUGAUGUCACGUUACGAAGGGAGUCUGCAGGCGCAGGAGAAGCAAGUGCAGGCACUCUCCUCAAAUAUCCUGUCCCUCACGCAGGCCCAGGAAGCUUCCAGAUCCUCGUUGGAGGACCAUGAGGCAAGGCUGAGGGUGAUGGCACUGGACCAAGCACAAGCGCAAGAGGCCGCCAAAGACAGCUGCCAGCGCACCAACGUCCAAUUUGACGAGGUCUACGAAGUCCACAAGCGCAUUUCUUCUGAGGUCGGGGAGGUCCGCGAAGCCUUCACCUCGCUGGAGCAAGAGCUCAUGGAGUCCUGCAGUAGUCAUAAGCAGUCGCUACAAACGCGGCAGCAGCAAGCACUUGAACAGCUGGAAGAACUUCGGUUUCUGUCGCAGCAACGUCACACCGAAUCUCAGGAGCAGUUCAAGACCUUUCAGCAGCUGAUGCUGUCUCAGCAGUGGGAAGCCAAGCAGAUUGUGGAUAGUGAGCUACGGAACUUCCAGGCACUGUACAAUUGCGAUAUGGCAAGACUCGCUGACAUUAGCAUAGAACUUGCAGCGCCCUGCAAGGCACUUUGGCAAAAGCAGGCUUCGGACUGGGUGAAGUCUUCAGAAGACAUCAGAAGUCCGCGUGCAGCCGGUGAGCCGGGCAAGCUGGCCGGAACCGAUGAGCGGCAACCGCCACAACCGCUACAACCACCACACCCGCCACAAGCAUCUCUGCUUCGGGAGGACUUUCCUGUUUCGUGGCGUGGUAUCCUUGAGGACACCAUCCGGCGCUCUAACUGUCUCUGUGAGCAGACAAAGGUGGAGACGGACACCAAGCUUGGUGACCUCGAAACCAGGCUCCGAAAAUGUAUGAAGAGCCUACUGGAUGAGCAGCUCAAGAUCAACCAGCGCACAUGUCAAGAGGCCUCAGAGGCCCAGGAGACUGGACAAUUGAGCGCAGAGCUUGUGAAAGCAGCGGAGGCAAGUUUCAAAAGUCGUUUGGAGCGGAACCUCGUAGCUGUGCGAAGCGAUUUCCAGCGAGACCUGGAGAGCCUCAGGGACUCGCAGCAGAAGGUCCUGGGCCAGGUGCAGCAGACUCUGCAGAGCGUAAGCAGCGACAUGGAGAUUGCGGCGACGAGCUCGGCCAGACUCAAAAACUCCGUCAAGCAUGUGGAGGCGACUGUGAAGGACAUGUCUGUAAGUGUGGCUCAGCACCAAAGUGCUAUCGACGAACUCAAAGCAGAGGCUGAAAUGCUGCCUCGAACCUGCAAGAGAGUCGACGACCUCUGGCGCCACAUGGAAGCGGUGAAAGCAGAUCUGGCUCUGGCACGAUCCGGGAGAGAAAGCAGGGCAGAGAUUCUGCCCCUGAGUCAAGGCAGGAGUGCUAGCGCAGGCAUCCAUGGGCCCCUGCCGCCAUCUCCGCAGCCACUGUCCAGCGAGAGGAGAGCCCGCAGCCAAGCCGUCUUGAUAUUUUGCGUGCAGUAG